GAAAAGUGUGUUGUUAACUACAAGAAAGCAGGAUUUCCAAGAUUCAAGAAAAGUUCAUUGUAAUUAAAACCAUCCUUUCCCUUUAGCCUAGUCAGUUUUAGUCAGAUUUUUUAACCAAUAAAUUGUAAAGAUGUGAUUUGUACGGGUAAAUGGCCGUAUUGCUUACGGAAUUCUUAGAUAUUAAACAGCUUCAAGUUAUCUAGAUUGUGGCAUGACCUGGUGGGUAAGCCCCUAUCAUGGCAAACGUGAUUUGUUCAUUUAUCUCGGGUUUUUAAGUAAAAUGGUUAUUUUUACGGUUCAUUGACAUAAGAAGGAUCUAAAACUUUUCUACGCUUAUAACUGUCUGCUUUGUUUGUUUUCUGAAAUACCCAGCUUCCAAAAAUAUCAACCAAAAAGUUUUUAGUACCCAUUGUUCUUUCUUUUUUAUUUUUCCCCCCUGUUUCUCCAAUUCAUAGUUUAUUGUGUUACGACUUUUCUGCAAACACGACUUUGGAGGAGUAUUUCAAAAGUAACAGGAUUAUUUUUAAUCUGGACUCUCUUAUCGCUGUGGCUAUUGACNUUUCAUUACUUGUACAUAGCUGUAAUUCCAUCAGCUGAUUGUCAGAAAGAAAAGACUAUUCAUCAUUUUAGGGUUUCUUUUACUUUUUGCAGCCGAAAAGUGUGUUGUUAACUACAAGAAAGCAGGAUUUCCAAGAUUCAAGAAAAGUUCAUUGUAAUUAAAACCAUCCUUUCCCUUUAGCCUAGUCAGUUUUAGUCAGAUUUUUUAACCAAUAAAUUGUAAAGAUGUGAUUUGUACGGGUAAAUGGCCGUAUUGCUUACGGAAUUCUUAGAUAUUAAACAGCUUCAAGUUAUCUAGAUUGUGGCAUGACCUGGUGGGUAAGCCCCUAUCAUGGCAAACGUGAUUUGUUCAUUUAUCUCGGGUUUUUAAGUAAAAUGGUUAUUUUUACGGUUCAUUGACAUAAGAAGGAUCUAAAACUUUUCUACGCUUAUAACUGUCUGCUUUGUUUGUUUUCUGAAAUACCCAGCUUCCAAAAAUAUCAACCAAAAAGUUUUUAGUACCCAUUGUUCUUUCUUUUUUAUUUUUCCCCCCUGUUUCUCCAAUUCAUAGUUUAUUGUGUUACGACUUUUCUGCAAACACGACUUUGGAGGAGUAUUUCAAAAGUAACAGGAUUAUUUUUAAUCUGGACUCUCUUAUCGCUGUGGCUAUUGACUUGAUCUCCCCUAUACAGCACUUGGAACAGAAAGGCGUGGUCCAUAACAACAUAACAACCUCCAGUAUAUUGAUUAGCAGAGGAUUCAGGGUAAUUUUAAAGCAUUAGUGUAGGGCGUCCUUUUUUCGGUUUAUCGCCUUAUGUAUGCGUCAUGCCGGUAUGCGCCUGCGCGCUAGGUUUCGUAAGUAAUCAACCACGCGUUCCGACUCAAGAGCCCGGAAAGGCUUAAGUUUGUACUUUACUUCGCACUUUUUUCCAUUUUUUCUGCAUACCAACCUCGUAAUAUGUGGCCAGGUCGGCAGAUUCCCCGAGAGGCUCCUUCAGAGAUCAGUUAAGCAGUUGGAAACUGUCCUAUCUGUUCGAGCCAAAUGGCGCAAUUAAGAUACCUUAAAAUACCAUCAACUCCUUAAGUUAUUAAUUUGUUUAUUUACUAAGAUUUUAGUAUCUAGUACCUUUUUGUUGAUUUUAUGACUUUUCCAACAUGACAGACAUAACAUUAAAACAGAAUGACAAAAUUUGCAAGCUGUGACGCAAUCAAGUCACGUGUCCAAACUUAUCUAAGGUCCAGAAGACGGAGCCGAGGAAUUUUCAUCAAAUCACAUACAGUGUUAAAGAAAACUUCAAACACUUUAUAUCUUUCAAUUUUGCUUAGAGCACUAGAAACGAUCUUUUUGCUUUCUGCUACAUGUAGGUGCCUCCAAUAACUGCUUUUUUGGGAAGUUUUGGCUUCGCUCAGCGGGUUUCUCAGGAUUUUCCUGAAUGUAUUUUAAAUGGUCACUCGGUGAAGGACAUUUUGGGCAAGAAUAUACUUCAGUUCGGUUUCGUUCUGAGUGAACUGAUGAAGAAUUGCCGCGACUCUAAUGAAUUUGAGGAGGUAAUUGUUACAUUACGUAGCGAAUAGAUCGAUUAUUGGCGUUAAUAUAUAUAGCUCAAGUGACACUUGAUUAUGAUUUGAUAUGCAUGACCCACAACAGCUGAGAACCUUGAGCCUUGUGUGACUACUUGUAGUAAACCAAACCCCACUUGUAAUUGUAAUUAUGGACUUUGUCAAUUACUUUCCGCCUCUCUGGUAAACCCCCACCCCUGCCUCAAACUCCAAAAAUAUGCCCCCGGGUGCUUAUUAGAGAAUUAGUUUUUACUGUGCAUUGCUUUUAUGCAUAAUUCAGUAGCCUUUAAAGUGUACGUUAUUACAAAGGCUAACAAACUAACAAUGUUGCAUGUUAAGAACAGUAACGAAACGUUACCUGUUACACUAGGUAGCCGUAGUGUAAAUAAAGGUGUUAAUAGUUAAAUGAUUUUUUCCUUUUCUAUUUUUUAAUUUAAUGAUUAAUUCUCUUUUAGCUUCAAUAGGUGAUGCAUUUGUGUUUUCAACAAGAUCCUGAUGUGAGACCAAACGCAUGUCAAGUAAGAGACCUGGUGGAGGAACUGUGGUAUCGCAAUGAUAUCUGGGACACUAGCUUGUAG